GCCCUCGACAAGGCAGCACGGACCAGUACCACCUGCCCAUUACCUUCGUGUCACACACACACGCGCACACACAUCACUAAUUAACAGGUGACAGACAAGCACAGUGAGGACGGACGGUCGUGUCACACACCUCAGCCAGUGACCGAGGAUUAUAUACGUUAAAACACAAACAAGAGUGAUUCUCUCCUGUGAGCUGGGGGUCGAACUGGCCUCUAAUAUAGUGCUGGUGAACCCGGGAACUAGGCAGUGCAAGGCAGUACUUGACACUCACCUGUAUGCACUUACUCUCUCGUACCCAGCCCAGCACGAUCUUGAGAGAGACGAAUGAACCCAUAGUGUAAAUCGUGGCCCAAGAGAGGUCUGACUACCAAGUGCCAGAAGUUGGUGUCUUUACAAAUGUUACGAGUGACGGGGAGUUUGUUAACACUGUCUCCCGAGUGUCUUCUGGUAGAGCGCCUGAGUGUGUGAUCCUGGAGAGAGAAAGAGUGUGGUGUUGAUUCCUUAGAGUGUGUGCUAGCUAUGCCAACGGAGGUGAAAAUUGUUUGAUCAUCCACUGAGAAACUUUCCGAUCACACCUUAGGAACCAUCGUCGAAGAGACCCGUUUAUUCCGUGACUUUAAAAUUCCCUCUACAAAUUGUUCUCAUCCGGAAAAUAAGUAUACGUCUAGUAAUCUGUUCAACUAAAGAUAAGUAGUGACCUGAUACAAAGUAAUAUUUUUGUGACGAAUAAACUUAAAUAAACUAGAGUGAAAAGACGAAGAAGACUUUUAACAACGGCCAAGUGUAAAAAAAAAGAAGAAAAAAAAAGUAUCGCAAGUGAAGUUCACUUCCUGAGGCACCAGGUAUCAGCCACCUGCACGGCGCCAGCUUAUUUACUCAGUUGUUUUCACCACCGACACUACCACCACACCACCAUUACCACCACCACCGCCACCACCUGUCACUACAGCUUAUUAACAGCCGUGUACACCUGCUGGGACUGGCCACUCAGGUGCACGAAUGAAAAAAAAAGGAGAAUUGAUUACGAACGUAAAUCCACGAGUAGACAAAACGAUAAUAAAUAGCAAUAAUAGAAGAUAAAAAGAGAAGUGAGGGAAAAAACAAGAUCAGGUCAAUCCAGUAGAGUUUGUCUGGUGAAAGGAGAUAAACUGAGCCUAGAAAUAUUGUAACUUGGCAAUAAGACUCAGAUUUCGGGCUUCGUGGUGAUGGCCAGGCUGACAUACCUGAGCUGAUUAUCACGCGGAGACCGUUCACCUCAAAAGCUCAGGUGUUAUCGCUAGUGCUCAGGAAUACACCAAUACCAAAAGUGAUAUAAGUUCAGUUAUAAGUGUACUAAAUUGAUUGUAUAAAUGAAUAAUAUUAAGUGACGUGUGUUGAGGUAUCCGAUAUAAAAAGAGAAAAAUUGACAUAGCAGAAAAAGCAAAUAUUAUGAUAAGGAAUGUGUGGUUUUGCUUGUUGUGAGGACCAGUGACUGUUUAGCAAUUCUGUUAGCGCCCCGCGAGUGACGGUGACAAGUGAUCUGCGGAGUAGUUGUCGUUCUUGUGGUCCACUGCUUCUUUAUCAGUGCCAGCGACUGCAGGAACGAGGAGCAGGGCAGCGCUCGACGGUGGAGCUGACGGUGGCUGGCAAGGUCUGGGGCUGCCGCCGUCGGGUAUGAGAUUGUCAUUACGAUGGUGGUAGUGAUGGCUGUUCCCUCACUCUGUUUUAUACUUUACCCACUGAGUUAUCUCUUGAUAUAAUCAGACGCCAGUAAACUAUACAUCACUUGUGUCUUAUUUAAGCUCUUGCUCACUCCAACUUCUUACCCCUGAAGGCUUCUGAUGAUUUCAACACAGUGACAAACAGUGAUCUUAAGAACCGACACAAUUAAGUUGGCUGAUAGAGCAUUUAUUUUCAUCCUGUGAAAAAUGAUCGACAAAGAGGAUCUAGAUAUGGAGGAGUUAUUGCCACGUUCGACCCAGAAUGAUAAGAUGUCGUGUACAGAUAAUAACAACAACUGCGGGCAGCGGCGGCCUACCAGGAUAGCAGAGAAGUACGGUCUGCGGCCCCGCACCAUCAUCAGGAGGCUACAGCUGGAGAGAAGUAGAGACGACCUGCCACGGAGGCAGUCCAAGACACCCAAACACAGACCUCCGCCCUUGUCAAAAUACAGAAGAAAGACAGCUAACGCCCGCGAACGUCACCGCAUGAAGGAAAUCAACGAUGCUUUCGAGACUCUCCGUCGCGUCUUGCCAGACUUCUGCAGCCGUCAGGCCGCUGCGGCCAUGACUAAGAUCACCACACUCAAGCUCGCCGUCAACUACAUCAGGGCGCUCUCACACAUCCUGGAGGACGGCCAUCCUGGGGAUAUAAAUUUCUUCGAUGGUUUGCAGUUUGCCGACAUAUCUAUGGGCAGCCCUCUAACUCCAACAACCUCUGACGCCUUCACCACUCACUACUCCACCCACCAUGUCGUCCACACGCAGAGUCCACACAACUCCACUUCCCCUGUGGUCUCCUCCACUACCUCUUCUCCCGCCUUGCCUCGGGGCUCUCUGGGCAGUACUAGCGACCUCAGCGACCUACUAUCAGAUGACUCAUGCGUCUUCGAGGACAACCUUGACGCCUUUGACGACAUACCCGCAUUACCUGAGGCAGAUCCUUUCGCUCUCCUCCUAGUACCGGACACGGAACCCCUGGCGCUGGGGUCCUAGGGCUGGGAUUUAUGCUGCAAGUAUUUAAAAUCUGUAAACCUAGGAUUUGAGGAGUUAGGUGCUAAACACGUAUGUUCUGAAGACGUAAGUUCAAAGGGCUUAGGUUGUGAAACCUUAAGUUCUUAGGACUUAGAUUCUGAAAACUCGAGUUAUUCGCUCUUAGGUUGUGUAGACUUAAGGUUACAGAACUUAGUUUCUAAAGACUUCAUCAGAAACUUUAAGCAGAACUGGUCUGGAAUAUUGUUCUGUCACCCUAUAGGCGUUUAUCAGUGCCAUGAUACUGAUACAUCGUCAACCUUCCAGUGUUUACGAAGCGUUAGUUCCUCAUGCAAAUGGUUAUUAGAGGUACGAUCGUCCAUUAUUAGAUAAGGAAGUGAAUGAACCAUGUGUGUUGACGCUUUGGUCAUAACAGCUGUUGGUAUCGCAUGAGGCUGUGUUAACUUCUCAGUACAGCGGAUACGUGUACUGUGCUCGUGCAAUAAUGUUCCCCGUUUCACCAGCGACAGAUUCCUUACCGUACCUCUCUCUCUCUCUCUCUCUCUCUCUCUCUCUCUCUCUCUCUC